CCGUAAGCAGGUGAGUGAUGUGUGAUCUUAGGGAAGCCUUGGGUUUCCCAAGUUUGUUCGUUGCACGAAUCUCCUUACCUAAUCCAAAGCUUAGUUAGCUCUGUGUACUUUGUCUGGCUCCGGUCUGAAACAAACUUGGUUAAGAUGAAGAUGCCACCCUCCUCCCUUCUUCGCACCCUAUUCCUUGUGUCAGCAGUGGCCGGCUCAGCCAUUGCCGAGUUGACUUUUGUCGCGACAGCAAGACAAGGCGACAGAGAGAUUCCCAGCUCCGAGCUCGAAUUCGUACGCACCGCGCCCAGACGACACCAACGAAACUUUCAUGGCGAGCCUAGCCAGACAGAAACAGAAACAGUGGAGCUGGGGAAGAGGGACAUUACGGCUUAUGGCCCGAGCUGGUGCGGUGCGUCGCAACAGCUCGCUUCGCCUGAACAGCUCUCCAGCAUAUAUGGUGUCUUCAGCGUGCCGAACCUGAAACUGCGCGCGGGCUUGUCGGCUCCGCAGAAUGCGGCUGCGUGGGUCGGUGUUGACGGGGGAUCCUGUAACAGGGCGCUGCUACAGGCGGGGGUGACGACGUUGAUCGCUUCAAAUGGCCAGCAGAUCACAGAGGCCUGGUGGGAGUGGUGGCCGUCGGCUGCGUAUUCCAUCCCGAGCAUUCCCACUGCCCCAGGUGAUUGGAUGGCGGUCAAUAUCACCAUCACGUCGCCCACUUCUGCUGUGAUCAAAAUCGUCAACACCCAACGAGGAUACACGAUGUCCAUCAACGCUACGACCGGAGCGACUCUGUGUCGGACGGAUGCCGCGUGGAUCGUCGAGGACUAUUACGAUGGGGCUGGGGGCAUGAACAUGGCCAGCUUCAACGAUGUUUGGUUCGAGUAUACGGCAGCGACCACCGUCGGAGGCACCAAGCUGGGCGUGGACGGAGGGAUCUUCUGGAACAUCCAGAACAGCACUGGCCAGCUCAAGUGUACCUCUCAAAAGUACGACAACUCGAAUUUCGUUAUCCGGUCGUUGAUGUAGAAGUGUAGGUGGAAAGGGAAUCGUGGAAGACGAGUUGGGGUGGUACGUAGAUGGCCGUGUUUCGGUGGUUUGAGGAUGGUAUGUACGGAGCAACGAUCUAGGUAGAUCGAACUGUCAACUUGAUCCGAAAAUUGAAGCUUUUCGCACUUGGAAACGAUCGCUCUGAUCACUGACUGACGCGCGUAUCAGACUUUCAGGCACCGCCUCGUG